AUGGAUAUCAAUGGCAAUUGGGACGAGGAUGAGGACGAAGAGUUCGAGUUCUCUCGAAACUAUUUCCUGGCUAAGGAACUCGCUUCUUCGGCCAAGAAAUCGAAGCACAAGCUCACCGACAUCGAUGUCGUUGACGAACUGGAAUUGAAGGAAGCCGCAUCGCAAAUUCAACCCAAGCAUGAAAACGAGAUCGCUCUCUUAUUGGAUUCCUAUAAAACCAUGUACCCUGAAUGGCUUCUCGCGCUAAGGUGUGGUUUUGGGCUUCUAAUGUAUGGCUUUGGAUCUAAGAAGACUCUGAUUGAAGAUUUUGCUUCGACGGCAUUGACUGAGUACUCUGUAGUUGUCAUUAAUGGAUAUCUUCACUCCAUUAACUUAAAACAGGUGGUGAUAGCUUUAGCUGAAGUUUUGUGGGACCAAAUGAAAACCAAACGAAGGGUUUCAUAUCGGGAAUUACAGCGCCAGCAGCCAUUCAAUUCUCAAUCAAUGGAAGAACUUCUGACAUUUUUGGAUCAAGCAGAAAUAGAUGAUGUUGAUUUUUUUGUUUCUGUCGUUAUUCACAAUAUUGAUGGACCUGGAUUGAGAGACUCUGAAACCCAACAAUAUCUUGCUAGACUAGCUGUUUGUGCCCGUAUUCGAAUUGUUGCCAGUAUUGAUCAUGUCAAUGCUCCACUGGCUUGGGACAAGAAUAUGGCUCACACACAGUUCAAUUGGUGCUGGUAUCACGUUCCUACUUUUGCCCCUUACAAGGUUGAAGGCAUGUUUUAUCCUCUGAUUCUUGCUCAUGGCAAUGCCAACCAAACUGUCAAAACAGCCACAAUAGUUUUGCUAAGUUUGACACGCAAUGCUCAGAGUGUAUUCAAAGUUCUUGCUGAACAUCAACUCUCUCACCCUGACGAAGGAAUGCCAAUCAGUGAUCUUUACUCAGUCUGUCGAGAACGUUUCCUUGUUAGCAGUCAAGUUACGCUGAACUCUCAUUUGACUGAAUUUAAAGACCAUGAGCUGGUCAAGAUUAAAAAGCAUUCCGAUGGUCAAGAUUGCUUGCACAUCCCACUGACAGCAGAAGCACUUCAGAAAAUUGUGCUUGAGAUCAAUUAG